AUGAAGGCCCUAAUCGCCUUUACCUUGCUUUCUUCAGUUAUCCAAUAUGGUAUCUGGGCUUUAUCCCCGGAACAAGUCUCCAAGGAACUGGGACCGCAGCUAUCACGAUCAGCUGUUAUUAUUGGAUGGGACGCGGCGAAAUACAGGCGUUGGAGUGAUUACCACGUCCCUAAGCCUGGAGUCGUCGUGAUACCAGCCAAUGAGCAAGAUGUGGCUGCAACAGUGGAAUAUUGCACUUCGAAGGAAAUUCCAUUCCUAACCCAGAAUGGCGGGCACGGUUGGACAAAGACGAUGCAUAUUGAUAACGAUGGACUGAUCAUAAACCUCAAGAAACUGGACUCGGUCACAUUCAAUGCUGACAAAACAGUGGUCACCGUUGGAGGCGGUGCGUCUGUAUCUCAAGCCAUAAAUGCCGCCUCAAAAAACAAUGCUCUCGUGCAAACAGCCAAUUGCAACUGUAUCGGAUUGCUGGGUGCUAUUCUCGGUGCUGGAUAUAGCAAUCUAGUUGGUCUGAUGGGCUUCGGGGUCGACAACAUUCUCUCUUUCAAUGCAGUCAUGGCAGACGGAUGCCUUCAUACAAUCACCCCGAAAGACAAGAAUCUCUUUUGGGCAUUUCGGGGUGCUGGUCCCAACUUCGGCAUUGUCACAUCUGCAAAGAUGAAAUCCUAUCCCGUUUCUCCCUCAGGUCAAACCGCCUGGAUUGGACAGCUUAUUUUUACCCCAGAUAAGCUUGAGAAACUGGUGGAGACAAUCGAAGCAAUUACCCUUAAGCCCGAAAUGAGUGUUUUCCUGGUUUUUCUAACUAGUGGCAAACCAGACUAUACGCCCAUGGUUUCUCUAAUUCCCUUUUACUACGGAACCGAGGAAGAAGGAAGAGCUGCAUUCUCAGACUUUCUCGAUAUUGGUCCAAUCAACGAUACCACAACCGAAACUCAAUACCCUCACUGGAACGACGUGACAGCUCUUUUCUGCCUCAAAGGAGGAAACAAACCGCUAUAUACUGCCGGUCUCACCAAGAUGGUUCCCAGCACAUGGAAAGAAGUCUGGGAAGAGUACGUCUCGUUCGUGUCACUGGGCGGUACUGGUACAACCUUGGUUCUCUUGGAGGCAUAUUCCCUCGAAAAGACACGCUCUUUCGGUCAAGCUUCGUCUGCGUAUGCGUGGAGAAACAAAAUUAACUAUAAUGCUGUCGCUAUCCCGUGGUAUUUUGAUCCAGCCCUUGAAUCGGAUGCUAUAGCUUGGGCUUCGAAAGUUCGUGAUAUAUGGAGGUCUACUGAUGGACUUGAUUCUCCAGCUGCGUACAUUAAUUUCGCCAAUGAUGAGGAUCCAUCAGUUGUGUAUGGUGGGAAUGUCGACAGGUUGAAGGCUAUCAAAGCAAAAGCGGAUCCUGAUAAUGUUUUCAAUCAAUGGUUUGGUUUGUAA